AUGUUGUUUCAAAAACACAAAAGACGUACUCAUCAUGUUACAGAUAAUUUUUCUUCAAAUAAAUUAAAUAAUGAUUUAAGUCCAAAAAACUCUCUCAACAAUGAAAGUAUCUAUGAAAUUCAACCAAUAGCUAGUGAAUUAUCUGCAACUACUACAAAUCCACCAUCAGCAAUAACAGUGGCUGAUUUAGAUACUGAUGAAAUGCCAAUUCGAUUUCGUAGAGAUAUAUACAAAUAA